UUUAACUUUCUACCUAAUUCACAUUUCAGCAUUUACGGAUGACAUUGUUGUGUACUUUAGAAUAAAAAUUUGGCAAGAGCAUCCGGGCUUUACGCUGUUUACAUUGACCACGUGUUCUGUCGAUUAGAACUGGUGCGCGCUGCCGCCCUGACUUUGGCACGUGUCGCGGUCGGCAGCGCGCAUUAUCAAAAACAAGCGAGAAAUGCAGUGCGCGCGGGUUCUGCGUUUGUCUGGCGCACAGAUCUCUCUUGCCCACUGAUUGGUUAGACCCGUGAAGCCUAAAUCUGAUUGGUUGUCACGUCUGUGGAAGAGAAUGUCCUCAUAACAAACCCAUAUUUUCUUCAAUAUCGAUGAAAACGUUGAUGAGGAUGGUAAUCAAAACAAACUACUUUGUUGCUUUUUAGUUGUUGAACUUUCCUGUGAAAAGUAAGACCGUCUGCUUGCGUGGCCUGCAAAGUAGUUGUGAAUGAAAAGCAGAGAUAUUCAAAUGUUCGCGAGCGUGGCGCGACCCCCGUUGACGAGACCUCAUUCAACAAACCCGCAGAGCUGAAGAAAUUUGAAUAGCGAAGUCUAAACAAAGACAACAACGGCAUCUUGGACGGUCGUGACACAUGCGGGCAUCCUAGCAGCGCUCCUGAAUGAGAAACCCUGCAGUGGGGAGAACAGUUCAUCCACGUCCACCCAAAAGUGACCACGCCCUCUCAGCUUGCCCAUUUGAUAGUUCGCAAGCCUGUCAGGCGACGCCCCGCCUUCCCCGCUGACGUCAGCGUCACAAAGCACCAAGUCUAUCACAAACACAAAGAGUGCAACAAAGACGAGAGAAAUGUGGAGCUUAACCGACACAAAAAACUGUCAGAUAGGCUCAGUUUGAGGUCUCACGCGGUAUCCACAUCGAGACAAGACGGCAGAAACCAAAAAACAAAUCACAAAGCAUACCUUGAGGAAAAAAGAAACUGUUUCCUUACAUAAAAGCUAUGCCAAACUAAGCAUUGAGAUCCAGUUCAGGUGGUGGUAUUUUCUCCCGUGGUGUCUGUGUGGAGCGUGCCACACACCCACUCCACAACAACGACGGCUUUUGCUUGCAUCUUCCAGUGUUUCUUCUGUCAGCAAGUUCAGCGGAGCUGCAACUCGUCCAGCGCCAGCCCGGAGGAACCCAGCGAGGAGCCCCACGACUGUGAGAUGGUAAAGAUGACAAAGUCAAAGACUUUCCAGGCUUACCUGCCCAACUGUCACAGAACAUACAGCUGCAUCCACUGCCGGGCGCACCUCGCCAAUCACGAUGAGCUCAUCUCAAAGUCAUUCCAAGGGAGCCAGGGACGAGCCUACCUCUUUAAUUCAGUUGUAAAUGUGGGAUGCGGUCCAGCCGAGGAGAGAGUCCUCCUAACAGGUUUACACGCUGUGGCAGACAUCUACUGUGAAAACUGUAAAACCACUCUGGGCUGGAAAUAUGAACACGCUUUUGAGAGCAGCCAGAAAUACAAAGAAGGCAAGUUCAUCAUCGAGCUUGCUCACAUGAUCAAAGACAACGGUUGGGAGUGACUGUCACCUGCUUCCUCUCUGCUCAGUGACCUUCGGGCUACUCUGUCGUGGACUUUUCCGAGUGACACCGCACAUGUACAUGCACACAAACGAGAAACGCACAGACACGCAAACAGACCGACUGCGCACACACCGCACUGUCUACCUUGAAACAUCCAGACAUCCGUACCGGGUCAUGGUAAAACUCGAAGGCAGAGCGGACAGAGACAUCUGCGGUCACAAUGAGACUCUCUGGGACCUUUUCCUGAGAUGUACAAGUCAACAAUUUGGGAUUCAAAACUUGUUUUCUGUUGAACUCUCAGUUUCUGCCCCCUUAACUGGUUUUGGUGUGAUCGGCCCUCGUGUAACUGCUACUUCAUAAGCUGUCGACGGUAUCCAGACGACCCCGUCUCACUUGUUACUUACUUUAACUUACUCUUUGUGAAUAAGCGGGAAUGGUGAGGCGUGAGUUUGAGCGUUCGUGUUAUCCAAAAUCACAUGUUAACGGUUAGCAUUUUUCGUCUGUUCUGACUCGUCUUUUACGAUGGGGUAGCAACAGACACGAUUGACGUUACAGACUUUUUAGGGGGUUAGGCUAUGUAGCAGCAUCUCGGAUCCUAUUGGGUGGGAGGAAGGGAGAGGGAGGGCUUUGGGGCGUCGCAGUGGCAUGGCAGUUUGUAUUUACGACAUCCCUGUGUUUUCUGUCUCUUUCCAAAACGUUUUCUUCCUCGGAUGACUUCACUGUGCAAUUCAUGGGACACUCUGGUACAGCGGUAGCGUCUGACCCCUGCGGGAGCUUUAGUUGUCUCUGGUGCUUUUGGUGAGAUUUACAGAAACCUGCGUCUUUUAGCAUUGAGUUGGCAUUUGUGGCAGGUUCCAUUUUUGCGACCGUACUAUAAUAGACAAAAGAAUCGCCGUUUGGAUGUACUGGAAAAAGUCAAACCAGCGUCCUUUGGAGCAAGGUUUGCGUUACGUUUUCAUCCCCUUCACGCCAAAUGACGAGAUUUUACGGACUCUCUUAUUGUUAGUGCAAUCAUAUGUUCAUUGAUAUGUGUAAUUUAUGUUCAACCACCAUGUUAGCUCUGUUGUUUUAUUCGCAUUAUGUUCAUGGCAUACUUGAAUACAGUUAUGUUGUUUGCACUUUGCAGAGGCCUUGUUCAUGGGUUUAGAGGCAAACGUAUGUCCAUGUAUGGCCAUUUUCAUCGCUGGCUGAAUGUUUAAUCGUGGGAUUGGGUGAUUGCUGGCUUGAUCAUCUCCCUCUGGUUUUCAUAACGAAAAAGAAAGAAAUGACAAAUCGGCCUCAGAUUUUCAAUUCGGACACGUUUUCAUAAGAGAUGCUAUUCUUUUGCUGCUAACAGAGAUGCAUGCAAUCCAGACGCUUUCACUUUAUAACUGCACUUUACCGGACUGCCUGAGAUCACGCUAGCAGAUCUGCUCUUCAUUUUUUCGUGUAGCUAUCUAUCCGCAACGUUGCCUCUAAGCGACAUGAAUCUUGUGCCUCUACAAAAAAAAACCUGUCCUCUGUUGUAUGGUGCAUUAUUUUGAGAACCAGGCACAUCUGCUGGAAGCUGUCGGAGCUUCAGAUCGAUCUCAAAACAACAUGACCUAAGAAGAAAUAACCUCACUGAACCUCUAUCCACUCCAAAUUCUAUCCGCUGGGCGAAAUGUAAUCCAGUAUUUUUCAUACUUAAAGUUAGAGACGUUACGAAUGGGUGGUUGUAUUUUGCGAAGAGGGGCAGGGUUUUUAGAGGGGGAGGGGAGGGAGCUUGCUUCCUGUAGAGGUAAAGAGGGUCAUUUAAUGUAGAUUUUUAUUGAAUAUAUAUAUAUAUAUUGAAUCGUAUUGAGGUUUUGUUGUGUUUGGGGCGGGUGGAUAAUAUAACGUGUGGCGUUCAUUCUCCAAUAAAGGUCAGUCAGGUCACAUGACCCUUGAAUAAGUCAAAGACAAUGCAGACAAAUUAGUUGUAGAAAUAUCUUACUUGAAAGAAGAGACAGAGUUACAAUACAUUGUCCCGCAGUUUUGUAUAUAAAGUGACAUAUUUAAGGUUUUAUACAUAUUUCUACUGGGUUAGUUUCUCUACUUCCCCGACUUGAAGCACUUUUGUUCACUGUACCUCUGGCUUUACUUGUGUGUGUGUGUGAAUGAGAAGAGUGUGUUUGUGUGGAUGCAUGCGUGUGCUCAUUGUUUAUUUGUAGACGUUUUUGCUGUCGUUCACUAGUUCCUGCGUGCCGUUUCCUUUCAACACUUUUUUUUGUGUUAGACAUGCGCUCUCUUAGCUUGACGAUAGUGAGCUUUGUGUUAUCUUUUUUAAACAUUGAUUUUCGUCCCGGUAAGAGUUUAAUAGCCGACGUGUUGUAGGAUCGUGCUCAGCGGUGAGCUGGAUUCACCUGCCUAAAUUACAAUAUAUACGUAGACCCAGAGCAUUUUACAAAGACUUUCCGGAUCGAGACGGAGGCCAGUGUCACUUUUAAUGUGCACCUAAAACGGACACAGCUGAGCCGAAAGCUUUGUCUUUAAUGAAAAGUAUCAGUUUUACAGGAAAUAUAAUCAAACCAAAAAGCAAGUUCGUGGCCUCUCCGACUACCUAGUGGAUUUUUUUUUUAAAUGAUGUGUUUUGAUCUUUAACGGCAACAUUGAGGGAUUCCUUUUUUAUAUUGGCUGUUAAGGAUUUUUUUUACUGGCCUUUAUUGCAGUUAAGAUUGGUGACACUGGUUUUAAACCUUAAAUCUACCAGAUUUGUCAUUCAUUUGAAGAGUUAUGCAAAAGAAACGAUUGUAUGUUUUGAAAGUUGUUUUUAUUAAGACUGUUAAAAUAUGGUCUAAAGCAUGAUGUAUUUAUAAUGGCUAUUUUAAGAUGUGCCUGGUUUCUUUUUUUAAGCAAAAAUGCUUUUUUUCUUUGCAUUUGAUUAAAUCGCUUGCUUUUUGUCCUAAUAAAGAAAAGUCACAUUUGUCUGUUCUCACUGUAUAGGAAACGAUCACAAUAAAGCUUCAAUGGUAUUUUGAUUUUGAUGGAUUGUUUCUGUCUAAUGACUGUUGGAUAUUAGGCUGUCGGUUAUGUCACAUCUUUUGUGUUAAGUGUUAUGGGUUUAGUUUUGAAAUAAAUUUUAGUUUAAAGUGAUAGUUCACCCAAAAAUAAAAAUGAUGUGAUCAUUUA